CAUGAAUACAAAUUCACUCGCCACCCGCUCUGCACUGGAAGGACGGAUGCACCUUGCUUCAACCCGUAGUGGAGAAUGUCAUGGGGCCAUGUAUUUAUAAUGAAGGAGCGAUUGUCUGCGAGCAUGUUGGCCGAAAAGUAAAAUGGUGCCAAUGAAAGGCAGCAGGAGCGGGAGCGAGAGCCGAGGGAUCGUAACACUGGAGCUCAAGGAUAAACCAUGGACUCUGCAUACAUCCCACCACACCUGGACGUCCACCAUGUUCCCUGCUAACCUCCUGCUCCUCAUGGUCCUGCUGCUACCUCAAGCCUCGUCUGGUCGCCAGGGUGGAGACACCAGCGAGAUCGACCAUGACAGGGUAUCCCCCACGCCUUCCUCUUUAUUGCCCCCACCAGCAGGUUCCCCCCUGGAGCCCAGCCUGGCUCAGACCAUCCAGAGUCUCCUCCUGAGCCGGCUGGGCCUGCAGUCGCAGCCUGACCCUCGGCACGGAGUGCCGGUGCCCCGGUACCUUCUGGAUCUUUACCGCUUCCACCAGCAGCAGUUCCACCUACUGGAGGACCCUUCCUUUAGCUUUCCAAGCCACCACAUCCAGCAGGCCAACACCGUACGCAGCUUUCACCACACUGAGCCCCUUGGGAACAGUCUUCCAGCAGAAGAUCAUAAGAGGGUGCACAUCUCCUUCAAUAUCUCCUCCAUCCCACAGGAUGAGAGGGUGCUCUCUGCUGAGCUUCGGCUCCUCCGCAGUGACAGAGCCUCGCUGGGCCCUGGACCACACAGACUAAACCUGUACCUCUCUGAGCACCAUGAGGACCCUGAACCUGCCCUUCUAGAGACAAGAUUACUCACCACUGGCCUCCACAGUCGUAAAGCAAGUGGCUUUUGGGAAGCUUUUAGCCUAAGUGCAGAGCUCCUCCAUAAGGCCCUUGCUGGGAGUGGCAGCCUGGGCUUCCUGCUGGAGGUCAGACCAGAGAACAGCACCACCUUGCUCCAUGACCAGAGCCUCCUCUCUGCUGCAAACGAGGAGGUGGGAGAGAAACACAAAGAGGGACACCUGAGGGUAUGCAGGUCUGUGGGGCAGGAUGAGCACAGCUGGGCCGAGGAGAGACCUCUCUUGGUGACUUACAGUCAUGACGGGCGUGGAGAGCCUUUAGUUAAACAUGGCAGGAGGAAGCAGAGUGGUGGCCAGAGGAUGAGAGGGAGAAAAGGCACAAAAGAGAGGACCAGGAGCAGCAGCAAGGGCCGCAACAGAGACCAAGCCUGGGGGAGGGCCAAAAAGACGGCCUAUGCAGUGCCAGGCUGGGGAGGCGAUAAAACAGGGGUCAGUUGGAGUGAAAGUGGAAGGGUGAAAAGAAAUGGAGGUCGUGCUGCGAAACUGAAACGUCUUUCCCGUAACAGAUGCCGCCGUCAUCCUCUAUAUGUAGAUUUCAACGACGUGGGCUGGCACAAGUGGAUCAUUGCACCCAGCGGCUACGAUGCCUACUUCUGCCUUGGAGAGUGUCGCUUUCCUCUGGCAGACCACAUGAACUCCUCUAGCCAUGCCAUGGUGCAAACUCUGGUAAACUCUGUGAAUGGAGCAGUGCCCCGGGCAUGCUGUGUCCCCACAUCCCUCAGUCCCAUCGCCCUGCUCUACCUGGACCCUCAAGACCGAGUGGUACUGAAGAAUUACCAGGACAUGGCAGUGGAGGGCUGUGGCUGCCGGUAGUGGGCUGGAGGACUCAGACCCAGAGAAAGCUAGAUAUGGAAGGGGGAGCAUUGAGGGAAUAGGAGAAAGACAGACGCAUGAAAGGCGGAUAGCAGAAAGACGCCAGCAAACUGCAAACAGACUGAUCGAGACAAAUAGCAGAGUAAGAUGGAUGAGUGGAAAGGAGAGAGAUAAAGGAAUGAAUAUAGCAGCUAAAUCAUUAUCAGGCGCAUGGAAAAGGGUCAGGCAUGGAGAAACAAGAAACACAGCAAAGGGAAACUGCCAGGAAUUACUUUUUCCCAUUUAGCGAUGAUGCAGCAGCCUACACAUUCAACUCAUUCUCAAAUGAGAAACCAGUGCUUUAACAUCAGAGGGUGUCUGUAUGUCUGUGUGUGUGAUUCUGUAUUCAAACGUUUGCCUCUCAUCUCACACUCACACAUUUGUCUGACAGACAUGUGCAUGUGUUUAGCUGUUGUGGAGGGCAGCAGAAAUGGAAAAGGUUGAGAGUCAUUACGUUAAAGCUCUGCAGAACCUCUCCGAGGGACUCACUGACGAUUAACAGCAUUAGCAAUACGACGAUGGCACCAGCAUGGCAUCUAAACUUUGUGUGACAGUUUGUUUAUGCAGUAUCUGAACCAAGAGGUGGGGUGCAUCUGUUUUUAUGAAUGCAUAUGACUGUCCCUGACAAGCACCCUUACAUCACAAGCUAUUUAAAACCACAACAAUAAUGCUGAGGAACUAUUAUGCUAUUGUUUGAAUGUACUACUAUCACUAUUAUUUAAAAAAAGAGACUUUUUUGUACAUUUCUUUUGCAGACAUGAAGAAAAUCCAAGUGAUGGUUGUCUUGUGAUUAUACAUAAUUCCACUGAAUCGCGAUUCUAACUUAAAAGACACGUUAUGUAUUUAAAUAGCAGCAAUAUGGCAUAUUUAAUCUUGAAAAUAUUUAAGAUAGCUGCACUCAACAGGACAUACAGCAAACUGAAAGCCCGCCUCCCACAUGGCGUAAGUUAUAGCUUUACAUCUGUACAAAUGUUAAGUGUAUUGAAUUAACCGUCUGUGUUACUUCAGCUGCCCACUUAAUCAUUGCAGACAUUUUUGUGUACAACACAUGAUAGCAGACAUAAGCGGUGUUGCCUUCACAAGCUCAACUAACAAGUCAGUUAAAAGCUCUAUGUAUUGUAGCUACUGAAGUGUGUAACAACAGGUGUCUUUGCUAGUUGUGUCUGCAUGUGUCAAGAACAAAAAAAAAAGGACUGGGACGUUAGUGCCUUUCAAAACAGGGGCUUUAAAAGUGUUCUCUGCUGAGCUUAGUAAUUGUUUUUCAGUGUUGCAUUUUUCUCUCUAAGUGGAAACAUUUAAGCAACAGCUUGUAAAAUGUUUGA